GUGUGAGUUUAUUUUAUUGUUUGAAAAAUGUGAAAGAAAUACGAUCGAACAUCGAAACACGCAGAGCUCUCUUGAGUCCAUAAAUGGUCUCCCUGCCGGUGGUCGUUGCGCUGCUUCACUGAAGCGCUGGGCUCUCAUCCCCCACAUCCUACAUAUAUGCGUCACUAAUUUGCAAUGAUGAGUUAUCAGAAGGGCCUCAAGGAUCCAAACGUGGACAGGCAUACCACCAAAGCCAAAUCACGGCAUUUUACGGUGAACGGUCUGAGUGCCAAUAACACGCUUCAGCAACAGCAACAAUACAACCUGCAACCAUCGAACGACACUCGCAACAUCUACAACAAUCCCUAUAUACCACCCCAACAGCAGCAGCAACAGCAACAACAACAGCAACAACAGCAGCAGACCCAGCAGCAACGUACAGCUCACCUGUUCAAGGCCCUGGCUGCCUCUACUGCCGGCGGAAGUAAUAGCCUAAGCCAUCCCUACGACUUCUCCAACUCAUCCUCUUCGUCGAACGCCAAUAAUGAGCACCAAGGAUCAUCAUCUUCGGAGGCAGAGAACGCUUUUCUAACUCAUAAUAACGAGGGCAACGGCAACGGCAACCCCUCCAAGCUUAACGCCGAGAUUCUCAAUUAG